AUGGACCCUGUAGACGAAUUCAAACUGGCCGCAGCGCUCUUCAUCUGGGCGCUGGGGCUCGUGGGCGGCGUCGCGCCGCUGCUGAGCAGCCAGCGCGUCAGCAAGCGCGCCAGCAGCGUCCUCAACAUGGUGGCGGCCGGCAUCUUCCUGGCCAGCUCGUGCAUGCACCUGCUGCCGGACGCGCAGAACAACGCAGCGCUCACCGAGUGGGGCUGCGAGCACACGGCUGAGGUCUUCCUGGCCGUCCGCACGCGCUACGACGGCGACAACACGCGCUGCUUCAAGUGGGCCAACUUUUUCUACGGCUGCGGCUUCCUCAUGGUGCUGCUCAUCGAGGUGCUCGCGCACGCGCUGCAGCGGCACUACGGCAAGGUGCAUGGCCACGGGCACUCGCACGGCACGGAGCAGGAGCGGGACGCGCUUCUGGCCAUUGAGGUCACGCGCGCUGCCGAAGUGAACAGCCUUCCCAAGUCGAACGGUCACUCCCAUGGUGGCCACUCGCACGGGCACUCGCACGGACGGGUGGAGACGGGGGCGUACGGCACCCAAGGUGAGGCCACGGAGCUGACGGUGCACGGCGAAGACAUCAAGGAGGAGCCGCACUCGCACAUCCACGGCAUCGUCAAGGGCAACCCCAUUCUGGCGCUGGUCGUGUUCAUCGCACUGUCCUUCCACUCGGUGAUGGAAGGCAUGGGCAUGGGCGCCUCGAGCUCACCGGCGUGGGACAUCCUCGUCGCCAUCUUGGCGCACAAGUCGCUGGCUGCGUUCGCGCUGGCGCUCGAGUUCCUGCACCACAACGUCUCGCGGAAGCAGCUGCUCUCGUCGGUGGCCGUCUUCUCGCUCAUGACGCCGACGGGAAUCCUGUUCGGCCGGCUCCUGGUAGACACCAACCACGCGACGCCCGCGGGCGGCGUGUGCGCUGCGUUCGCCGGCGGCACCUUCCUGUUCGUCGCCAUCAUGGAGAUCAUCCCGCAGGAGCUGCAGGACCCGCGGUAUCAGUUGGAGAAGUGCUCUGCUCUGCUUGCCGGCUACGGCGCCAUGGGUGUGCUCUCGCUCUGGACCUAA